UUAGUGCGCAGGCGCCGUCAUUGCUGGGCAGGGUCGACCGCCGGCCACGUGCAACCGCCCCGCCCGCCAGCCGCUCAAAUAUGGGUUCCUGCGGGGCGGUGGGCUCCGUGCGUGCGCGCUACCUUGUGUUCUUCCAGUACUUGGGCACAGACUUCAAUGGAGUUGCGGCCGUGAGAGGUAACCAUCGCGCUGUUGGGGUACAGAACUUUCUGGAGGAGGCUGCCAAGCGGCUGAACUCGGUCGAGCCGGUCAGGUUCACUAUCUCCAGCCGCACUGAUGCCGGAGUGCAUGCCCUGAGCAACGCGGCGCACCUGGACAUCCAGCGCCGCCCAGGCCGGCCGCCUUUUUCCCCAGAGAUCGUAACCAAGGCCCUCAACACCCACCUGAAGCACCCAGCCAUUCGUGUACUGAAGGCCUUCCGAGUGCCCAAUGACUUCCAUGCUCGCCACGCAGCCACCUCCAGAACCUACCUAUACCGUCUGGCCACAGGCUGCUCCGGGCCUAAUCAACUGCCUGUGUUUGAACAAAAUGUAUGCUGGUCUCUGCAGACAGAGUACCUGGAUAUAGCUGCCAUGCAGGAGGCUGCCCAGCAUCUCCUUGGGACACAUGAUUUUAGUGCCUUCCAGUCUGCUGGCAGCCCAGUCCCACAUGCUGUACGCACACUGCGAAGAGUCUCUGUGUCUCCUGGUCCAGCCAGCUUAUUUGUCCUCCCUCAGGAGAGCAGGAGGCUGCAGUUCUGGACCUUGGAGUUUGAAAGCCAGUCUUUCCUCUAUCGACAGGUGCGGAGGAUGACAGCUGUGCUGGUGGCUGUGGGGCUAGGGAUUCUGGCACCUACACAAGUGAAAGUGAUUCUGGAGAGUCAAGAUCCCUUGGGCAAGUAUCAGGCUCGAGUUGCCCCAGCCCAUGGCCUGUUCUUGAAGUCAGUGCUGUAUGACAACUUUGGUGCACACGACAGGUGAAGCGCAGUUGGUGUUCGGCCAGGCCCAACUCCUUGAGGGCUUGCUCCGAGGAUACCAGCCGGAAAUUCUGAGGGGCAAAGGCAAACACGGCAUGGAAAGUAAUGGAUGCAGUCCCCACCCCACCCCAUCCCUGUUUAUACUUACAUUGUCUUUCAUAAUUAGGGUGCCAUGUAAAAGCCUAGGUUUUUUGGCUUCAGGCAACAGUCCUGUGAAGAAUGGAAUGAUGCAGUCAACCCAGCCACCAGUUACCUGCCCCCUUGACCCAUGCCCCAGCCUGCCCUUCAUACCCUGUACCAUCUCGCGCUUCAGCAGUCCGAGGGAGAUGCCCACAGGGAUGCUGGGGCUUGUGGGCAGCGUCACUGUCUCACCGUUGGCUGGCAUGUAGCAGCUGACCCCUGAGGGAAGCAGUACAGAGCCUCAGUCUAGGCUGCCAGCCUUGACUGUACCACCCCACAGGUCUUCCCUGCCCACUGGCUGCCUACGGAAUUCCUGCUCAAUCUUCUGCCUCAGGAACUCCAUCUUCUUGGCCUCGCCAUGCACCAGCAGCACACUCUCGGGCUCUGCCUGCCCCACCAGCUGCAUGAUGCCCUUGGCGUCGGCGUGGGCACUGAAGGACAUGUACUCCACUUGCAUCUUUACCUCCAGCUGCAGCAUCACAAGACGGAAGCAGAGUCAGCGGCAGCAAGUGCCUCGGAAGGGAAGGCCUGCUGAGCCCAGGACAGGGAGGUACUCACCAUCUGACGCCCUUCCAUUUCCAGCUUGCGUUGCCCACUAAGGAUCUUGUGGCCCACAGUACCUUGCACACAGUAGCCAGGCAUGAUGACCUGAAAGCAGAGGUGAGGUUCAGCUUGGCCUCCCACGGCAGAUACCACCUCCUGGAACAACCCCUGAUGUGAAUUCUCAGGGGGAGGCAACUACUGUGGCAGUUACUCAGUCUGGGCUGGUGGCAUCAUAGGGUCAGGACACAAAGGUCAAGGACCAGUUCUGUACUCCAGUUCGCUAAAGCUAUAAAGAGCCCUCUUGGCACUUGGGGAUUGGUCCCAAACCCUCACCAUGUUCUUCUCAUUUCCUGCCCAUUUUCGGAAGAUCUGCAGGGAUUGGCCAGCGUGCAGCAUCCCAGGUGUAGCAAAUACAACCUGCAGGGUGGACAAGGGACAGAACAGACCUUACCUGGGGGUGCAACAAGCACCAGAUCUUUGACCAACAGUCUUUCCCAAAGCCCCACUGGGAGGCCAGAUGUGGAGAAGCUGCAUUGCCAGAGCCUUACCAUGGGUCCUGGGUUGUCAGCAAAUGUCCGGUCAAAGGCUUUGAUGUGCUUAAACUCAAACAUGUUCCUCUGGACAAAUGUCUUCCGGAUCUUCUGGUUGGUCCAGGUGAUGAAGAGCUUGUAAUAAUGGUUGGCUUUCUCUGUCAGGCCCGUAGAGAAGUAGAUGGGCACCUUCAGGUUCAUGCGCUCCCUGUGUCAGUAUAUGGAGGCCAGAGUUAGCCUGCAACGCAUAUCCCUGUGUCCUCUACUGCAUAGCUUAGCUGUGGCCAGGGCUGAGUCUAGUGCACCUUGAACUGAACCCUGUGGUGUCUCUAUCAACCUGGUGACCUCCAGGCCAGACCUCUUAGCUUGUGACCUAUGAAACACGGGAGUGAUAGGGGUCCCCAGAGCUCAUGUGAGGAGACUCAGUGUUCAUAUGGGGCCAAUACAGUCAACAGAUGAUGGCUCCAGUGUGAUGGCCCAACAGAUGCACAGCUCCACCCCAGACAGCAGGGCCAGUGGUACUCAGUGGUAGUCAGUGGUGCCUUGACUUCUUAACAGUUCCACUGUGCCUGGUAGCGUGAGAGGUUUACUCUCCUACAUGGAGGCUGUUCCACCCUUUCCUGCCUACCUGUGAGAUUUUCCUGUCUGCACCUACCAGAAGGUCUCCAGCAGGAUGCAGAGUUCUUGUGCUCGGCCCAGCGCAAACACAGGGAUCAGCACCUGGGGGCAGGUGAAGCUGGUUCAGUUCAGAGCUACCGGCUACACUACUGUUCCUGAACACAUCAAAUAGCAAGAUACUCAGUGCACCCAUUAGCAAGUUAAAUGAGGACAUUACUGCAAAGGAACAGACAGCCAUCUAAGAACCACAGAUAUGGUACCUGGCUACAUGCAGAGACAGCAGGAACUGUGGGAGGCUCUUGAACAGCCUUCAUCAGAUGCAACCGUGAGAGAAUGGAAGACUCUGGAAUCUGUCUUCUUAGUGCCACACAAACCACAACUCCCACACCCAGAGACCCUGACCAAAGGUACGACAGCAAGGCCUGCUAGGAGGCCUAGAGUGUAGCCAAAGUGGGCACACACCCAAAGCCUGCCUGCAGUCAAUACCUUUCCGCCACGCUCCACAGUCUCAUGAACUUUCUUCAGGAAGUCUCGCUCUCUGCAGCGUUUGGAAUCUCGGAUGGUUGUGGCAUAUGUGGACUCUGUGAUGAGCAGGUUGGGACGACACUUGUCAAUCCAAGCAGCCCUAGAGCAGAGGUAGGAGUGGGGAUGAUGGACUGUCCAUGACUACAGAAUUGGACACGAGCUCCGCUAUAUGGCCUGUCAAACGUCAUGGCAGCAUACUCGGAGGAGACAACAGGGGGAUGAGCCUGUAGCCUAGACUCCCAAAGGUACUUCCACACUGCAUGAGAGUACUUAGGUGCCCACCAUGAUGCCUCUUAGAGCUACCAGGUCCCAGGGUGAGACACAGUCCUACUUACCCCAAAUGCCGGUCUGGAGUCAUGUUAUAAUCACCCUGGCAAAGAAAAUGCAAUAAGGAAGUUGUCUUUCUUCUACCCCCAGCAAUUUCACUCAAGCACCAAACAAAUACUUCCACUGACCGUGUAGACCACAGACUCUGAGCCCACUUUAAUCUGGAACAUGGCUGCCCCCAACACAUGGCCUGCAUAGUACGCCUUGAUUUCCAGUUCAUCAUCCACCUGUGGAAGAAAGAAUGCUCUUAGGCCUGCAGGGCAGGAAGGCAGCAGGAAGUAGAUGAUUACCUUAACCCAGUCCAGUUAAUUCCUGUUUCUCACAAGAAGUCUAGGGCUUGAGGGUUGUAGCAUAGUAAAAACAAAACUAGGUUAAUUAUCUAAGGAUCUAGAAGCCACACUUCUUUUUUUUUUUUUUUUUUUUUUUUUGGUUCUUUUUUUCCGGAGCUGGGGACUGAACCCAGGGCCUUGCGCUUCCUAGGCAAGCGCUCUACCACUGAGCUAAAUCCCCGACCCCUAGAAGCCACACUUCUAGACAGUACAAAUCAACUCCAAACACUACAAAGAAGAAAUUCUAAAACUAGGAACUGUAGACACCCCAGCUAAGACUUCAGUAGGUGAAGCUGGGUAUGGUGGUACAAGUCUGUGUGUCACUCAGGAAGCUAGGCAGGAGGACUGCUAUGAGGCCAGCCUGAGCUACAUAGUGAAGUCCGACCUCAGGAGAACGAGUAGAAUUUAGCAUAGUGAAUAAAGUCAAGAGAAGGAAUGCAUGUCUAAAAUGUUGAAGCACUGCACGUGGCGACAUUUAACUGUUAUCUCAGUUCUUGAGUUCUUGGAAGGCUGAAGCAGGAUGAUAGAGUUUUGAGGCCAACCUGGGCUGUGCAGUGAGACUGCCUCAAGCCAAAAAAAAAAAAAAAAAAUUAAAUUCAGCAUGAAAUAGAACACAAAAUGGAUAAUGAAAGGCCUAUAGUGAAAAGAUCUAAUGUUAAGCUACUCAGAGCUCCAGGAAGAAUUAAAGACCUACACUAACCCAGAAGUAGACCAAGGUCCCUCAGAGUACAGCCUGUCAAGGCCAAAGGGAAAGCAGCCUGAACAGGAGCAGACAGGACUCCACAGGAAAUGAUCACUAAGACGCUGGACUGUGCACCUCACGAAAAGGGAUAACUGCAGAGCUUCCAGGAACAGCAAACAAAGGAAAGGGGUUGUGCUGCAGGCAUGUUCUUUGGAAUUGGGAAAAUGCCUUCGAAGUGAAAACUCUGCCCCUGGGAGGACAGGGAGGCCCAGGGCCUUGGGCAGUAAACAGGAGGUAAAUAAAAGAGCACAUCCUGGAGGGACGAGAGCCUGGGGGAUCACUGAGAGCCCCACCAUAGUAUAAGUGGGAGUUGCUGCUAGGGUUAGACUCUAACCAGCCAAGUCAUGGGGAGAAACCAUCUGACUGCAGCACUGAGAGCCAGACAGAUCAGAGGCCCUGAUGGGAGGAACAGUUCUGUGUUCUUGCACAGGGACAGACUAGGUAAGGCCCAGGAUGGGGCUGGGAUGUGAGGCCUCGAAGGAGUUAAAGUUUCAGUUCCUGGGAACUUGAUUCGUUCCCCUGAAGAGACAAUGCACUGAGACUGAACUAUGUGUUCAGUCUAUAAUGCUUUCGUGUUCUUUGUGCAAGAGUGCUCAUUAGCUUCCUGCUGACUUCCUCCAAUUGUAUGAUAAUUUCUGCUAACUCUAUCCUGGAAAUAGGAUAAGAUGCUGUACUUCUGGAUAAGCUUGCUUGGCAUAGAACAGCUUAUGGAAGACCUCCAGAGCCCAAACCUUCCUAUCUCCUGAUCUUUUGAUUUCCUGAUACUCUCUCUCUCAGGACCUUGUCACCAAAGGUCAUCAGCAGGCUAUGCUCUGGCCUGCUGGUCCAGGUUGGUGGAGCUGUCUCCAAGGAAGUCUCACAUAUAUCCUGCUGAUACUGCUAUCCUUUAGUUAUCCUCCAAGGAAGUCUCACAUAUAUUCUGCUGAUACUGCUAUCCUUUAGUUAUCCCUGUUCCUUACAAGUACCCCCUCACCCAUACCGUUAGUAGCCACAAUAAAAAAUUCUCAUUGGACCAAUAAA